AUGGAGGGACACACAGAUGUGGAGCAGAGAGGGCACACAGACGUGGAGGAGGAGGAGGAGGAGGAGGAGGAGGAGGAGGAGGAGGAGGAGGAGGAGGAGGAGGUGGAGGAGGAGGAGGAGGAGGAGGAGGAGGAGGAGGAGGAGGUGGAGGAGGAGGAGGAGGAGGAGGAGGAGGAGGAGGAGGAGGAGGAGGAGGAGGAGGAGGAGGAGGAGGAGGAGGAGGAGGAGGAGGAGGAGGAGGAGGAGGAGGAGGAGGGCGAGCGGACAUCAGCAGGGGUGAAGCAGGCGAGGACGCACACUGUUGACGUCUAA